UCCAAGAUGCAUCUGCUGUGAAAGGGGGAAUGCUCUAUCCACGAGAAUCGGAGAGUCGGCAGAUCAACGAGCUGAAUGGAAUGUGGGAUUUUCGGGCGGACAUGUCUCCGUCACGGAACAUGGGCUUCGACAAGCAGUGGUUUGCAGGACGGUUACGUCAAUCAGGCCCAGUCAUCCCCAUGCCCGUUCCUUCCAGCUUUAAUGACAUCACACAGGACAAGCAGUUGCGGGAUUUCGUUGGCUGGGUUUGGUAUGACAGGGAGUUUUUUGUGUCCUCUGAUUGGAUGAACAAACGCGUGGUUCUUCGAAUUGACAGCGCACAUUACAACACUAUUGUGUGGAUCAACUCUAAACAGGUAAUGUCUCAUGUGGGAGGUCACCUACCCUUUGAAGCACAGGUGAACUCUUACGUCAAUUUCAAGGGGCCUAAUCUGAUAACAGUAGCUGUCAACAACACACUGACCCCUACCACGCUACCGCCAGGGACUAUAAAGUAUCAAAAUGACCCAAAUAGGUAUCCACCUGGGUACUUUGUGCAGAAUUUACAGUUUGAUUUCUUUAACUACGCGGGGAUUCACCGGUCAGUCCGCGUCUAUGCCACACCUAACAACUAUGUUGACGACAUCACCAUAACAACUACAGUAUCUGGAGCCAAUGGAAUGGUCAAUUACACUGUUGUCCCAGCUGCAGCUUCCGGAGCCACAGUUGCAGUGGUGAUAGAAGACGCUAACGGUCAGCAAGUUGCCUCAGGGUCUGGUGUUUCGGGCAAGUUGACAGUGUCCAAUGCUAAACUCUGGUGGCCGUACACCAUGAGCUCCACUCCAGCCUAUCUGUACACAUUCAAGGUCACCCUCACCUCUGGCAGCGACACAGACAUUUACAGACUGCCUUUUGGGAUCAGGACAGUGAGCGUCACCUCAAAACAACUGCUGAUCAAUGGGAAGCCAUUCUACUGUCAUGGCGUGGCCAAGCACGAAGACUCUGAUAUUCGUGGAAAGGGCUUGGAUUUUGCCCUCAUUGCCAAAGACUUCAACAUGCUGAAAUGGUUAGGUGCUAACUGUUUCAGGACAUCUCAUUAUCCAUACGCUGAGGAGAUCUUGGAUCAGGCAGAUCGUCAAGGUGUGGCCAUUAUAGAUGAGAGUCCAGGUGUAGGCAUAACACAAGAUGACAACUUCAGUAACGCGUCUCUUGCGCACCACCUUGAGGUCAUGGAGGAACUGGUGCGACGCGACAAAAACCGUCCUGCUGUGAUCAUCUGGUCUGUGGCCAAUGAGCCAGCCUCUAACAAGCCCAUCGCAGGACCUUACUUCAAGUCUGUGAUUGGUCACACUCGUGACCUUGACCUGACCCGACCUAUUGUGUUUGCCAUAGGAGGUGGCAGUACUUUUAAAACUGACAAAGCUGCUCAGUAUGUUGACAUUGUCUGUGUGAACCAGUACUAUGGUUGGUACAGUGAUACAGGUCACACAGAGGUCAUCGGUCUGCAACUCAGGCAUAACUUACGCAGCUGGUACCAGAAGUUCGGAAAGCCGAUGAUUGUUACAGAGUAUGGAGCUGACACCAUUCCAGGCCUGCAUAGGGACCCAUCCUUUGUUUUUACUGAGGAGUACCAGCGGGAUUUUAUGGGGGAAUACCACAAGGUAUUUGACCAGCUGAGAGGAGAUUUCUUGGUGGGAGAGAUGGUAUGGAACUUUGCUGACUUUCUUACAGAUCAAGGUAUAACCCGUGUUGUUGGCAACAAGAAGGGUGUGUUGACACGGCAACGCCAGCCAAAGGCCGCAGCAUUCCUGUUACGGGAACGAUAUUACUACCUCAUGAACCAAACUUUGCCAGGCAGUCACUAUGGUUACCAAUAUGGUGGACCUAAGUGCCAAGCUCCAAGCGUCAUUAUAAAUUAAAAUUAGUUUUCAUGUUGGAUGGAUUAGAAGUUUUCAGUGACAGUACUCUUGUCUAGCGGUAUAUUGAGUUCUGAUUAGAUUAAAUAAGCCAUAUUUUGACUUGAAAGAUGAGAGAGCAAUUAAUUCAUGGCAAUAAAAAAAUGUAUUGAUAAGUAGAAGAAGAUAAUAGGUUUGCUUGUUUUGUGUAAAGUAAAUUUGAUAUUAAUAUACAUCUAGUCAUAUAUCUAUGUCUACCAGAUUCUUACCACUGCUAGUAAAUGAUAAUCUAAAAGUUAGAUAAUUUUAUUCAUGUUGAAAACUAUGAACAAUUCAUAAAUGAAUGUCUUCCAAUCUUACACACCUUGAUAGCACAGUUGGUAGAGCGUCUGCUUCAGGAGCGGUAGAUCCAGGAUCAGUCAAUUGUUGAGCACGACAUUAAACCCCAAACACUCACUCUUUCACUCACUCCAAUCUUGCUCUGUAUUUUUAAGAAUAUAAAACUGUAGUAGAGGUAAAUCUAUGGGACAUCAUGGUUUUGUGAAUGUACCACAUUGUUUUGUAAGUGCAGGACAUGAUUUUGUGAUUACAGGACAUAAUUUUGUGAAUGCAGGACAUCAUUUUGUGAAUGCAGGACGUAGUUUUGUCAAAACAGGACUUGGUAUAGCGAAUAUAUUACAUGAUUUUGUAAUAUCAUUUUUGUAAUACAGGACAUUAUUUUGUGAGUAAAGGACAUUGUUUUGUGAACACAGGACUUGAUUUUGUGAAUACAGGACACGGUUUUGUGAGUACAGCACCUGAUUUUGUCAAUGCUGGAUGUGAUUUUUGUGAAUACAGGACAUUGUUUUCUGAAUACAAAAUAUGAUGUUGUCAGUACAAAGUCCUGUCCCAGUACUGGUUAAAAAGAUUCUAUAACCACUCAGGCUGGUUGGACAUAGUGACAGGUGAUCGAAUAAAUAUUUUAAAAUGUAAAAACUGAACACUUAUUUCUAACUCUGGUUAAUUACUGAUUAGACUGUAAGUCAGGUUAAAUUUUGAUAUAUAUGUAUAUAUUUCUGAAUUUAAUGUAAUUUUGAACCAUCACACAUAUUACAGUGUACAGUAUUAACAUAUGACAUUGGAAGCAAUCAUCAUUGAAAAUGGUUACAGAGAAUUUUCUUGUAAUUGGGUGCAAAAGAUUCACCAAAGUGGCACAAAAACUGUUCCUUAAUCUGUGAUGCAAAUUAUUGUUAUUAAAAAUAGUACAAAACUGUUGUUGUUAAAAGUACAAAAAGAUUGUUACUGCAUUUUGGUAGGAGCUUGAUAUUAAAACUU